CUGCUGAAGGAAAGAAUUAGGUUUUAUUUUGAAAUCCGCCGCCGGAAAUCCCCCGCUGAACUCCGGCCGACUUGACAGCGCUCGGUCGCUUCGGCUUUAGCUUGAACUUCAGGAGCCCAACUCCCGACCGCCGACCGCCUUCAAAGACCAUGAGCCGGUUCGGGCGGCGGACAGCACGGAGCGAGGAUAUGCGCGGCCGUCCGGAAGUUGGCCCGAGUUUCGGAGAGACCCGUCGGUUUCUUUCCCGCUGAGCGCGAGUCAAGCUAGUAGGACCGAGCAAGGCACAAGUUCAGGCGGAGCGCGGAGCCGUAGUCGGGGUCGGGGCAGGGCGCUCGAAUAACCGUCCGGAAAAGCAGGCUUUUUACAUUUUAAAGCGCCGUCUAGCUGUUUGUUUUUGUCGCGAUGCUUAAGCUUUGCCUACAGAGAGCUGUCCGACCGGCCGCGCGGAAGUUACCGCCGGGACUGAAGCGGGCGCCGCCGGCGACGGUGCGACACACGCCGAGCUGCUGGAUGGGCACGCACGGCAGGAACGAGCCGAGGGAGCCGCUCAACUCCCCCGGGAGAGCCAAAGAGUUCAUCUACUGCCUCCAGCCCACGGAGAGGACGUGUUUGCUGAAGGAGCUGCAGAGUUUCGAGUCCAUGGCCAUUGCGCAAGAGACCCUGGAGCCCUCCAUGCUGAAUGCAGCGCAGAUCAGAUAUGUUUUGUUCCACAACGCCAUCCCCUUUGUCGGAUUUGGUUUCCUUGAUAAUGCCAUCAUGAUUGCAGCAGGAACACAGAUUGAACUCUCUAUUGGAGUCACUCUGGGGAUCUCCACCAUGGCUGCUGCGGCUCUGGGGAACCUGGUUUCAGAUUUGGCAGGUCUCGGUCUUGCAGGUUAUGUGGAGGCUCUGGCUUCCAAACUGGGGAUGCAGGUUCCAGAUCUAACGCCCAAGCAGGUGGACAUGUGGCAGACCAAGCUCAGCUCUCAUAUGGGUAAAGCCAUCGGUGUGUCCAUCGGCUGUAUUUUGGGGAUGUUCCCGCUGCUUUUUCUGGAUGACGAGAAGGAGAAAGAGAAAGAAGCGCAAGCCUGCGGUGACACAGCGUCACGCUCCUCCUCCUAACGAGCCAAAACAGCUGCACAACACCGUCGCACCUGCAAACUGGAUUAAAAAAAAAAAAAAAAAGUAUCUACAGUUGGAUGUUACUCUGUCCUGCUCAGGCAGCAUUCACACCUUGUGGUUCUCUAGUCCUUUUGAGGCAGUUUGAUAAAAUGCAAUUGGCUGAUGAUAUUUAGCUGCAAUAAUUUCAGCUCUGUUUAGUUUCUAUUGAUGCACCGAGCCCUGGUAUUCUCUCACGAUCUACUCCAUCCCGACAUGACAUGCUGUCUGUCAAAUCAGUGAGAAAUUCACUCAUUUUAAAUUUUGACGGGAUGGGCGAUGUGGGGCUUUUGUCAGUUCUGAUUCUCUCAUUGAUUCUUCAUAUUAAUCCCAUUCUUUAUUGAUUCCUUUCAUCGACUAGAUUGUUGAUUGCUCAAAGCGAGACGAUGUAACUUUAACUGAACAGCAGCCAGAAGUUGGCCCCAGGUGGAAAUUACGAUCCCAGCGUUCUCUUUAGUCAGUGGCUUUCAAAAUAUCAUUUAGGCAACAUUAGGUAGAGAAGGGUCAUAAAGUCAGCAGAUAAACUCAGCAGUGUCAUUUACGCAGCAAUAUUUAUUUUGUUUAUUUAUUUUAACAAUCAUUUUAAAUGUGCUGGGGUUAUCUCAAGAGAUAAGUUGCACAGAGAGUCCCCACACAACUACAAACUGUCAAAUGGAUGAAAAACAUUAUGUUGUAAUGUAUAAAACACUAUAAACAAAAGCUACAUAGUUUCGACUUAAAGCUUUUAUAACUUCGCCUCAGCCGGUGGUCCUUAGGGUCUUUAGGGUCUUUCUGUCGUUACUUGGGCUAAGAAAUGAAACUGAAGACGGUCUACUUCAACUUUUGACUUGAAUUUGUCUCCAGAUAGGACGACAUAGAGGAUCUCUAUAAGGAAAAAAGCAAAAAGAAAUAUCCUGAUCUGAGAAUUCCUAAUGAAUACAUACCCAUGCUGGUGCCUUUGCCACACUCUCCAAAAAUCAGCAUUUUGCUUCAUCCAUCUAGGUUUCAAAAUUUCGACCGCAUUGAAACACCUUUGCCUUCCUGCCGCGGCUCAGUCCGGGGGGUUGAUAAGGAAUCGGUGGCGUUGCACAAAGAUGAUUUGGUUCUCGGUGGGAUUCAGCUUUGGAUUUCCGCCUCCAUUUUCCACUCUGCACAAACGCCUGUUGUGAAUGCUGCCUCGGUAGCUCCCAGGAUGGGACAAAUAUCAGCCCUGAGUUUCUGAUUCCAGCAGAGUCUUAGACAUCCUCUUUUGUUUCCACAAAGAUGUGUAAAAUCAAAAAGAAAUCCAGUAGCCAAUUUCACUGUUUUACCAGACACUCGAAUAGAAACUUCCAGAUGUGCCUGUUGGUCAUCUCCCCUCCUGACAGUAGAAACACAAACAGUAGACACUGAACAACUGUUUUGGCAGUUGGAACACUACUUCGUGGUUUGAGCGUUUUACGUUUGGCCCCCCACACACACACACACACACACACACACACACACACACACCUAAUGAACUGUAUUCGGCUAUUGUUUUCUUCAGCAGACACUUUGUACAUUUGAAGACGUCAUCUCCAAAACUCAUUAUUUCAGCUGAAUCUCACUCACUGAGUCACUUCAGUUGUGGACCGGCAAUUUGGUGCAUCUUUAAACUUCCACCCAAAAAAAAAAAA